AAGCAAUAAACUACAAUGCGAUUAGGUGCGACUGCAAAGCAAAGACGGAGAGGAGCGGUGGCGGUGGUGGUGGCGGUGGAGCGGAGUAAUAGCAGGUUGAGCUGCUCGCUCGCGUCGCGACCUCGUCACCCGGUGGGACGGUCGCAAACGAAUUUCCUUGCGCGCGGCUCGCAUUCAGCCGCCGACCGUCGUUUGAGCGAGCGCUCGUUUUGUAAUCUCGGACUUUGUGCGCAACCUACACCAACAUCAACGCCAUUAUACCUAAAUAAUACGUAUAGCCCUCGAGAAAGUGAUCAAUCAUUAUCGUCGUGGAAUAUGAUAGGUGAAGAAGAACGUGUUCAUCAAUGCGGGGAAUGCGGCUUGACGCUCUCUACACGAAGUGCAUUAACAGCUCACGCGCGAUCGCACCGUGUCGCUGCAGAUGCUCAUAGGUGUGAUGUCUGUCAUAAAACAUUUGCUGUGCCAGCGAGGCUCGUGCGGCAUUAUCGAACACACACGGGUGAAAGACCCUUCGAAUGCGAAUACUGCCACAAAAUGUUUAGUGUCAAGGAAAACUUACAGGUGCAUCGCCGUAUCCAUACUAAGGAAAGGCCAUAUCGGUGCAGUGUGUGUGAUGCAGCUUUUGAACACUCUGGGAAACUCCAUCGUCAUGCCCGAAUUCAUACGGGGGAGCGGCCUCACGCGUGUCCCCAUUGCCACAAAACAUUUAUACAGUCUGGGCAAUUAGUUAUUCAUUUGAGAACACACACAGGUGAAAAACCCUAUCGUUGUCCUGCACCUGGCUGUGGAAAAGGAUUUACUUGUUCAAAGCAACUUAAAGUACACUCGCGAACUCAUACUGGAGAGAGACCUUAUACCUGUGACAUUUGCCUUAGAGAUUUUGGUUACAACCAUGUAUUGAAACUGCAUCGUUUUCAACAUUACGGUGAACGAUGUUAUCGUUGUACGGUUUGUGACGGGACAUUUAAUACGAAAAAACAGAUGGAAGCCCAUAUAUAUAAGGAGCAUGGUGCUGAAACUCCUCGUGCACCACCUAUGCAGUCCUCCGUACCGCUAGUAAUGAAUGGAAAUGUAAUGUGUGAUUUAGUGGAAGCUGCGUUACAGCAACUACCACCAACACCGCCAAGUUCACCGCCAUCACCUCAAUGUCCGGCGGUACCAGCUGCGAAUACUGUCCCUUCAACUUCUCCUCCACCUGUUUCUGAGCCACCAAUGCCAAUAUUAGCGCCACAACAUACCGUAUACAAUAUACGAUCUUCGCUGCCGCCUCGCAAAUGGAAACUUAUACCUCCGCCAGAACCUGAAGUACGUCACACUUCGGUUAUACAAUUUGCACCUGCUGCGACGGAUGCGUUGUAGCACUCUAUUUAUCAUUAAUAGAGUGUGGUAAUAAUUUAAUAAGUUUAUUUAAAUGCUUUGUUCUAUUUGAAAGGCUGUAUGUGGGUUGAUUCUCCACGAUUUUGUAGCUUUAGCUUAAGGUAAUUUUAUGUUAUAAUAGUAUAAAUAGAUAUUAGCCAGAUUAGCUUCUAAGAAAUGAGUAAAAGACUAAUUGUCUAAAUGCAUUUGUGCCGUCAUUAUUAAAAUAAGUUUUUAUAUUUAUCUACUGCAUUAUGAACCUAUUAAAGGAUUGUAAAAUGA